UCUAAAAGCACUCUGUGUGGGGAACAUGAGAGCCAGACCAAAGCUCAGAGGAAGAAACGAGGAACUAAACGCAAACAUGAACCUGAACCCAGCUGUGUGUCCUUAAGGAGUGACCGGUCCAAAGGGCACCCCAUUGCUUUUAAAGACCAGCCUGUGUCUCCUGCAGAGAGAGUGGACCAGCAGAGCUCAGAGGUCCCCAGUGGUCAGUCUGCCCAGCAGCAUCAAACACAGCUGGACUCCAUAUUUAUGGUGCUGGAGGACAACAUCAUAAAUUUUGUGAAAAAUGAACUGAAGAAAAUUCAGAAUCUUCUAAACUCUGAUUACCCAGAACAAAAGGGGGAUGAGGAGGGGAGCAGCAGAGAGGCUUUUGUGAACAUCACACUAGACUUCCUAAGAAAAAUGAAGCACGAUAAACUCGCUGACCUUUUAAAGAGCAGUAAGAGGUCCGAUUGGAGCCAAGAUGAACUUAAAUUUACUUUGAAGAAAAAGUUCCAGUGUGUGUUUGAGGGCAUCGCUAAAGCAGGAAACCCAACCCUUCUGAAUCAGAUCUACACAGAGCUCUACAUCACAGAGGGAGGGACUGCAGAGAUCAAUGAUGAACAUGAGGUCAGACAGAUUGAAACAGCAUCCAGGAAACCAGACAGACCAGAAACAACAAUCAGACAAGAAGACAUCUUUAAAGCCUCACCUGGAAGAGAUGAACCAAUCAGAACAGUGCUGACAAAGGGAGUGGCUGGCAUUGGGAAAACAGUCUUAACACAGAAAUACACCCUGGACUGGGCUGAAGACAAAGCCAACCAGGACAUCCAGUUCAUAUUUCCAUUCACUUUCAGAGAGCUGAAUGUGCUGAAAGAGGAAAAGUUCAGCUUGGUGGGACUUGUUCAUCACUUCUUUACUGAAACCAAAGAAGCAGGAAUCUGCAGCUUUGAAGACUUCCAGGUUGUGUUCAUCUUUGAUGGUCUGGAUGAGUGUCGACUUCCUCUGGACUUCCACAAAACUACAAUCCUAACUGACCCUAGAAAGUCCACCUCAGUGGAUGUGCUGCUGAUAAACCUCAUCAGGGGGAAACUGCUUCCCUCUGCUCGCCUCUGGAUAACCACACGACCUGCAGCAGCCAAUCAGAUCCCUCCUGACUGUGUUGGCAUGGUGACAGAGGUUAGAGGGUUCACUGACCCACAGAAGGAGGACUACUUCUGGGCAAGAUUCAGAGAUAAGAUGCGGGCCAGGAAUAUCAUCUCCCAUGUCAAGACAUCACAAAGCCUCCACAUCAUGUGCCACAUCCCAGUCUUCUGCUGGAUCACUGCUACAGUUCUGGAGGAUGUGCUGGAAACCAGAGAGGGAGGACAGCUGCCCAAGACCCUGACUGAGAUGUACAUCCACUUCCUGGUGGUUCAGGCCAAAGUGAAGAAGGUCAAGUAUGAUGGAGGAGCUGAGACAGAUCCACACUGGAGUCCAGAGAGCAGGGAGAUGAUGGAGUCACUGGGAAAACUGGCUUUUGAUCAGCUGCAGAAGGGAAACCUGAUCUUCUAUGAAUCAGACCUGACAGAGUGUGGCAUCGAUAUCAGAGCAGCCUCAGUGUACUCAGGAGUGUUCACACAGAUCUUUAAAGAGGAGAGUGGACUGUACCAGGACAAGGUGUUCUGCUUCAUCCAUCUGAGUGUUCAGGAGUUUCUGGCUGCUCUUCAUGUCUAUCUGACCUUCAUCAACUCUGGACUCAAUCUGCUGGAAGAACAACAAACAUCCUUCCAGAAGUCUGAAACAACAGAAUCUGUAGGGACAGCUUUCUACCAGAGUGCUGUGAACAAGGCCUUACAGAGUCCAAAUGGACACCUGGACUUGUUCCUCCGCUUCCUCCUGGGUCUUUCACUGCAGACUAAUCAGAAUCUCCUACGAGGUCUGCUGACACGGACAGGAAGUAGCUCACAGACCAAUCAGGAAACAGUCCAGUACAUCAAGAAGAAGCUUAAUGAGAAUCUGUCUGCAGAGAAAAGCAUCAAUCUGUUCCACUGUCUGAAUGAACUGAAUGAGCGUUCUCUAGUGGAGGAGAUCCAACAGUCCCUGAGAUCAGGACGUCUCUCCACAGAUGAACUGUCUCCUGCUCAGUGGUCAGCUCUGGUCUUCAUCUUGCUUUCCUCAGAAGAAGAUCUGGAUGUGUUUGAGCUGAAGAAAUACUCUGCUUCAGAGGAGGCUCUUCUGAGGCUGAUGCCAGUGGUCAAAGCCUCCAACAAAGCUCUGCUGGUUGGCUGUAACCUCUCAAACAGAAGUUGUAAAGCUCUGUCCUCACUGUUUAACUUCCAGUGCUCUACUCUGACAGAGCUGGAUCUGAGUAACAAUGACCUUGAUGAUUCAGGAGUGAAGCUUUUCUCUGCAGGACUGGAAAAUCCCCAUUGUAGACUGGAAAUUCUGAGUCUGUCAGGCUGUCUGAUCAGAGAGGAAGGCUGUACUUCUCUGGUCUCAGCUCUGAACUCCAACCCCUCCCAUCUGAGAGAGCUGGACCUGAGCUACAAUCAUCCAGGCGACUCAGGAAUGAAGCUGCUGUCGGCUGGACUGAAGGAUCCAGGCUGGAGACUGGACACUCUCAGGGUGGAGCCUGCUGGAGUCCGAUGGUUGAGACCAGGUCUGAGGAAGUAUUCCUGUCAACUCACAAUCGACACAAACACAGUGAACACAAACCUCCAACUGUCUGACAACAACAGGAAGGUGACACAUGUGGAGGAGGUUCAGUCAUAUCCUGAUCAUCCAGACAGAUUUGAUGUUCUUCCUCAGCUGCUGUGUAGAAAUGGUCUGACUGGUCGCUGUUACUGGGAGGUCGAGUGGAGUGGAAAGGUUGAGAUAUCAGUGAGUUACAGAAGCAUAAGAAGGAAAGGAGACAGUGAUGACUGUUUGUUUGGAGACAAUGAGCAAUCCUGGAGUCUGAGCUGCUCUGAUGAUGACGGUCCUCGUUAUGUCUGGCACAAUAGUAACAAAGCAUUUACCUCCCCCUCCUCCUCUGUCUCUAACAGAGUAGCAGUGUAUGUGGACUGUCCUGCUGGCACUCUGUCCUUCUACAGAGUCUCCUCUGACACUCUGAUCCACCUCCACACCUUCAACACCACAUUCACUCAAACUCUUUAUCCUGGGUUUUGGUUCAGAUCUCCUGGUUCCUCAGUGUCCCUGUGCUGAGUUGAGUGUAAAGAGUCUUUUCCACUCAAAGCUUCAACUUGAAUAUCAGUAUGUUGUGUUACUCUGUAGCAAACAAUAACAAAUAAUGAUUGAUUUGUACCGUCAUUUAUGGUAUUUAUUAUAUAGUAAUACUAACUCACAGCUUUUGACUUGAGACUGUACAAAAUAGAAAGUAUAUUAAACUGUACUUUAAUGUGUUUUCCA